AUGAGGAAGAGGAAGAGGAAGAGCCCUGGGGGUGGGGCGCCGCUGACGUCACGGCCCCAAGCCCCGCCCCCUCCGGACACGCGGGCUCUGGACGGGCACGAGCUGAAAGCUCAGCUCCUAUUGGCCCGCGGGAAAGGGGCGGGGCCUGCACCCACCGAGGAGAACCUGCCCCGGCUCCUGCGGCAGCGCGAAUGGGGCCGGUGCCGCAACAGCAGCUUCUCCUAUGGGGAGCGCUCCCUGCUGAGCUCCCAUUUCCUGCCCAAUCACGAGGCCUUCGCUGACUCCUACCCCCAAAAGGCUUUUUGUGGCCUCUUCUCCCCCGAUGGCUCCCUCUUUGUCUCGGCCUGCCAAGACCACACCCUGCGCUUCUAUUGGUCGAGGGAGGGCUCCCGGCUCCGCCCCUUCCGCUCCGCCCGCGCCCGUGACGUCGGCUGGAGCAUCCUGGACGUGGCCUUCAGCCCCGACGCCUCCCAGUGCCUCUACUGCAGCUGGUCCAACUACGUGCAUGUCUACGACAUCUAUGGUGAUGGAGACACGCACACGGCUCUGGACUUGAGGCCGGAGGAGCGCCGCUUCGCCGUGUUCUCGUUGGCCGUGGGGCCGGACGGGCGCGAGGUGCUGGGGGGCGGCAGCGACGGCUGCAUCUACGUCUACGACCGCGAGGUGCAGCGGCGCAUGCUGAGGGUGGAGGCCCACGAGGACGACGUGAACGCGGUGGCGCUGGCGGACACUGGGGGGCAGCUCCUGCUCUCGGGGGGGGACGACGGCGUCACCCGCGCCUGGGACCGGCGCUGCCUGGGGCAGGAUCGGGCCCGUCCCGUGGGGCUGCUCACGGGGCACCGCGACGGCGUCACCUUCCUGCACCCGCGGGGGGACGCCCGCUACGUGGUGUCCAACUCCAAGGACCAGACGGCCAAGCUCUGGGACCUGCGGCGCCCGGCGGGGCCCGGCGGCCUCGAGGCCACGCGCAGGGCGGUGGCGCGGCAGAGCUGGGACUACCGAUGGCAGCGCGCCCCACGCAGAGCUCUGACGUCACCGCCGUUGCCUGGCGACAGCUCGCUGAUGACGUUCCGCGGUCACGUGGUGCUGAACACGCUGCUGCGCUGCCGCCUGGCCCCGCCCCCCGGCGACGGCGGCGGCCAAUACCUGAGCGCGGGCUGCGCCACGGGGGCCGUGAUUGUCUAUGACGUGCUGACCGGGAGGCCCGUGCGGCGCCUGACCAAUCACAGCGGCUGCGUGCGUGACGUCAGCUGGCACCCGCAGGGCGGGGCCCUCGCCAGCGCCUCGUGGGACGGCUCCAUUCGCCUCUGGACCUAUCAGGACCCCCAGGACGAGCCAAUGGGGGAGCUGCAGGGGGGGGACCCCCCUAAGCUCCGCCCCCUCCCACCUACCCCAUAGCGCCUGACCCACAAUAAACCUCUGUGACCCCCAA